AUGUCUUCCGCACGUGGCGCUGCGGGCGCUGUUAAGCCUAAAUUACACAACGUAAAUAGUAUAUACGCAGGAAAGAACCAAAACGCCGUCAGGGCGCCCAGUGUGGGCAAACAUGGCGGCCUUCAGAGUCUUGGAAAAACAACAGCGGUGGUUCGUCGUAUGCCUCCGCCAGCAAUAUUACCAUCAUUAAGAGCAGAAAGUCAAGGUCAAGAUCCAAAUAUUGCACUUGUGCCUCAAGGUGGAAGUGGAUGGCACAGAGGAGAUUCAAAUGGAACAACAGCCGAUUCUGUUUCGAUAACGAAAUCCUUAUCUGCUGGAGGUUUGCCUGGAGGAGCAACUUCAGGAUCAUCGAACAACACAGGAUCACACGAUUUACGUCCCACAUGGGCGAAGCAACCGCCUAUUACAGAUGUACAGAUUGCUGCUCAAAAUGUGAACAACGUCGCUGCUUUGUCACGCGAUUUCCCAUCACUUGCCGCAGCUACAGCAACAGUGGGGAAGCAGUCAAAUAUAUUGCAAAACGAUAUACUCAAGCCGCAAAAAUCAGGAAGUUGGAAAGCAGGUGGAAGCUGUGCAAUAUCAAAGAACGAAAGAAACGAGCCAAAUGUUUCUCAACAUGUACAUAUUGUACAGUCUCAUCUUUCAGCCAACAGUGUAGAAAGACAGUUACCUUCGAGAUAUUACGAUGGAACGACAGCACCACCACCUCCUCCAAGCGGCACUUUUCAAAUACCCAAGGGGCAACUGUCGAAUUCGCUACAGUCAAAAAGCAGCAGUGUCGAGGGUGUAAAUCUUCAGUCAGAGAAUGUGGAAGAACGGAAUCUUUGUACAGUUCCUACCACACAGUCUUCGACAACGGCACUGCAUCCUUUUGCGACCAAUGUCGCAGUACCGCCACCCAAUUAUUCGCAGCCUCCUCCAAAUUUAUUUCUUGGUCAAGUACAGACAGACCAAAUGAGAGGUAUAUCGGCAGUUUGUAUGACGUCAUCACCGGUGCUUAUAACAAAAGAUGUAGCAAAAAGCGUCGAAGAAGGGCUGCUGCAGCAGAGAAGUGGUCAUGGCGACGAAGGAUAUCGCGAUUCUGUUUUCAAAAAUAAUUUUUCAAUUGAUUCCCAAACUAUGGAAAAUAGCUUAAACGAUUCACGGAAUUCUUUGUCCUUUAUAAAGGAUAAAAACGAAAAAGAAAAAGGAUAUGAUGAGAUUUCGAAUCGAUCGAAUGAUUGUGACUGGCAGAAUACGAAGUACGGUCAUAUCGAUCGGGAUGGUGAAUGUACUGCGUGGCAUGGUGCAGCAAAUGUUAGUCAGAAUGUACGAACUCGUAUGGAAUUUUCUCAGAAUGGUUAUGGUCGAGAACGUGAUGAUGAAGCAACACGAAGACAAAUCAUUGAGCGAGAAACAGCCAUUGAACGAUCUCGCCAAAAAAGGCGACAGAUAAGUCAGAGUUCUGUACCAUCUGAAGGUGAACGAACGACUUCACCAUCAAUUUAUGGAUCAGUGCGAAUGAUGAAUAUGUAUGAUAAUGAAACAAUAGCUGAUUGGGAUGCACUUUCUGCUGAAAAUCAGACGAUAGAUAAAGGGCCCUAUCGGCGGGAAAGUCAGCAACAUUGGAACAUGAUUGUGAACUCGGAAGAUAGACGAAAACAAGAAGAAAAUGAGCAAAAAUUAGAAUAUCGAAUGCUCAAACGAAAUGAUGGAAGAAAUUCCAGUGACAUCCACCAGAAUCAGCUUCCCCAUGUAGUGAGUCGUAAUCUUCAGGAUGAUGAAGAUGAUCUGCAAUUAACCAAACUGUCCAGUGCUGGCACGAAAGUAAUUAAACGAGUUGCACCAACUAUAAAUUCUGAACAAUCAAAGCAAUUUGGAAUUCAAUCUAAUAAUGUGCAAACUUGCGUUUCUUCAUAUGUGCAUGCUGCAAAUGCCGCGAAUUUAUCAUCUGGAGUUUUAAACCCAUCGCAGAAAGUAUUUGGCCAAAUAAGAAAUAGCACGAAACAUACUAUUUCUCGACAGAAUUGUGAUCAUGAUUUAUAUUUCAGACUCAUUAUCAUCGAGAAAGGCAUGAAGAUGGACACAUUGAAAUCUGAUCGAAAUUCUAGCCAGCAUUCAUGCGCUGAAACGGCCUCUUCUAUUCAGAAUCAUCCAUCUGCAUCAAGUACUCCAGUAAUAACAGCAUCGCCACCUAUAGAUAAUAUAUGGGAAAGACGUGCAGAAGAAAGAGAAAGUGCUGAACGUGAGCGAAUGGUUCAAAAAGAUAUGGCGCAACAAGUUCAUCUUCAACAACAUUUCCCUGCGGUUGGGGAAUCAGAUGAUUAUGAAUUGAAUAAUAGUGAAGUAUUUGUUGGACAGCGCAUAAAAUCUUCAAAUACUAGACAUGAUGCGAAGAUACGAAGCAAGAAAAAUCACUGUCAUAAUUGGCAAGAUUCAAGAUAUAGUGGGAAUUAUAAUAUGAAUGAAUAUUUUGGGCAAGAAGAUGAAGAAGAAGGUGGAGGUCUUUUCCGAGGUCAGCGGGAGUUUGUAAAUUCACGUGUUAGUGCUCGUUCUUCACGUGGAAUUUCCUUGGGGACGCGUGGUAACCGGCCAUAUGGUCGAAGUGGCUAUUCUACCGGGCGACGUGGUGGUAGCGUUCCUUACCAGCACACAAAUAAUCAGCGACAGCAGUUGCGGCAUAAUGAUCGCUUUGGCAGAGGUGGUCAUCGCCGUAGCCGAAGACAUGAACCUAUCGAAGAGGUGGAAAAAGAUAAUUUCUCGAAUAUGGGUGAAUUUCAUGUAGAAGAUACAUAUGAAACUUUAUCUAAUGUGCAAAAGACUAUAAACGAGGAAAAGAUUGUUGGUGAUGUAAUUGAGCAAGGGAAAAGCGUUGGUAAUGAUCAUAUAAAUCAGAUGUGCGGUACUCGUCGUUCAGGUAGCCAAAGAAAUACACAACAAUUUUACCAGCCUCGCCAUCAGUUAGAACUUCACAUUCGUGCGCCAAGGAGAGGUGGACGGACCGGAGGUUUGAAAAGUGAUAUUUAUCGUAAUAAUCGAAAUGCCGCUGGUGAACGUAAUCCGUCCGAAAGAAAUAAACGAAAAAAGAAUUCACUUCAUUCAGUUGGUACUGGACAAGAUGCACCUGAAGAGGAAAAUUCAGAAAGAAAUGGAGUAAGUAAUUCUCGGAAUGACACUUAUCGUAGAGGAGGAGGUGGUAAUCGCCCCGUGCGUCAGACGGCACGUAUUCGACACUCAUCACCUCUUUCAUUAUCUGCUCAGUCGACUAAUACUGAUGCGCCAGAUAAUUCAUUCCAGAAGUCGCAACAAAAUUUCAAAAAUUGCGAAGAAUGGGAAACUGUGUCUGAAAAUAGCGAAUUGGUUGAUCGACAAAGCAAUCAGCGGCGCCUUAUGCCCAACAAGUCUAUCGUUACCCGCAAGUCGCAACGUCCACUUAACGGACAGCGCCGUGAAAAUAAUAUUAGCACGAGCAGAACGGGUAAUAGUUCAAAAAACGUGAAACCCGCCAGCACUACGUCGCACGCGGCCGGCCGAAACGCCCAGCCACUCAGAGAGGAAGUGGAGGCAUCGAAAACGGUUGAGCAACCAAAACGUGACGCCUGCAAGGACGGGCUGGCGGGAGUUGAUAUAAAUAAUGCAGGUGUUAUUGUAAUUGAUGAUCGACCCGAUGAUCAAGUUGAUGAUUUCACUGAAAAUGAUUUCGAAGAAGUUCUAUCUAAAAGAAAUAAGCGAUUGAGACAGCAACAGAUCAAUGAACAGAUUGAAGCGGAAAAACGGAAAUUAAAAGAAAAAGAGAGACUAGAAAGACGUAAAGCUAAGAUCCAGUCUCGAAAAUUUGAUAAAAAGGGUAACAAAGAAGAAAAACUAACUCAGAAUGGCGCGAAUGCAAAAAAUUCUGGAGCCACGCACUUUGGAUCAAAUGCAAAAGCAGAUGAUUCACAAUCAAUUGUUGAAUCUCCAUCGCAGCCAGCAUUGAAUACGACUGUUUGGAAUAGUUCAAUUGUCAAAGAACAAAUUAUCCGACAAAUUUCGCCACCAGUCGAAACUCGGCUGGUUAUUCCAUCACCUAUAGCCCGACCAACACCAAAAACUGAUGGUAUGGCAAUGAACAAUUCAACGAAAAAAGUUGAUAUGUGGACAGGAUUGGAUGAAGAACAAAGAUUGGAUGCUUCUAAAAAGUCUUCCGAUGGUUCUGUAACAAAGAAGAAUUCCGUCGAGUUCACUGGAACAUUCGGUUCAACAUCUGCUCGAGUUGAAGGUGGUCAAUACGAUUUCUCUUUUGAUCCUUCUCUUCAGGAUGAAUCUCAGCCAAUGCCACAAAAGAUGUCAAAAAGUAAUGCAUACAUUAAAGCAAAACGAUCGGAUUCAUCAGCACUAAGGCUUGAUCCUAUGUCGCUUGAUCCGAAUGAUGAUGAACGUUUGAAGCAGCGACUUGAUAAGGUAAAAGAUAUUUGGCCUGGUCAGCAAUUUACAAACGGUCUUUUAUGCACUUCGACAAAUAAUGGAUCAAUUAAUGUUUUGGAAAAAUCAACAAAUACUGGCGCAUCUUCCCUUCCACAUGGUCCAAAUGUGGCAAAGGUGCGCCCACAACCUCAAACCAGUGAGCAAACAUAUAGUACUGUUCCACUGAAGGAAAUUCCGUCAACGCAUAUAAACACAACUGUUCAGCCGCCAUCACCAAUAGCGUGUAUACCACCGGGAGCUUGCUUACAAUCGUUUCCACAAGUUCCUCCACCAGCAUUUCCACAUUAUUCCCUAAUAUUGAAUGAACCAUAUAAUCCGAAUUCGGCUGCUUCUACCAUAACACAAACAUUGUUUGGUACUAGUGCAUCAUUAAAUCAAGCACCACCAUCAUCUAGAUCACGCCCAGCAUCAUACAUUGAACAGUCUCAAUUAUUCAUUCAUCCUCCACCUAGCAAUGCAGGUUCAACAUGGUCAAAUGCAAGCGCUCAUUUAGAAUUGUUGACUGGUAUCAGUGCUACACCACCGUUAUCAUCACAAGCAAGCACCUCAGUUUCACGUUUUCAGUUUUCAACGCAGGCACGAUCUGCUUCUGCGUUUGCUCCACCUCCACCAAUGAUCAGUGGAAAUGGUAAAAUUGCACAUAUUGCUCCACCUCCACCACAUCCACAUCAAGUGCCACCACCUUUGCAUCUCCCACCUAGUUUUACUGCGCCACCACCGGACUUCGUUCCUUCUCAGGCUACAAAUUUCGGCGCUGUUGGUAGCCAACGAGCUACUGAGCUCGCAUCGCAAAAUUCAGUCAGUGGAGGAUUAUCUCGCAAUGCUGGUCCUAACAUACUUGGUCAAAUGCCUGUUCCGGUGCAACAGCCGGUCAAUUUAUCACAGAACUCGCAGUCUGCAUUUCCAUUAGCAGCUAAUGCAUUUAGUCAAGCUCCACCGAUACAUGCAUUCUCAGCCCCACCUCCACCAAUACGUUUUCCAACAAUACCUGCACCAAUGAAUGAUGGUAUUGGUGUUGUAGCAACUAGCUGGACUAAAUCUUCUAAUACUUUUCCUGUCAAGUAUACUGGUGGCACUGCGCAAAUCGUUCCGCCAAUAGCACGACCAGCUGCUACAGGGCGGGCGCAGCAAAAUGAUCGGUGGACUACGCCAACUUGCAUGGCCUCUCAUUAUGCAUCCAAUUCGUUUUUUCAGUCACAUGCUAAUAAUAAAGAGGAUAGAACACAUGGGCCAACUCCUGAUGAGAUUACUCGUGCUAGUUCAGUUUCAAGCAUAUCUGCACCUGCUGAUGAUUCAUUGGAAAACUCAAAUCAACCGAAAAAAGCCACGAAAGUUUGA